AACCGUUCCAAGGUUCCGCCGCUCUGUGACAUCAGCCCGGCCUGGUGGCACCGUGGGCACUGCCAGGGCCGUGGGUGGCACCAGAGGUGACAGCUCUGCUCCGCCUCUGCCACCUGCGCUGGCAGCAAUGGCUUUGCUGAGACUGCUCGUCCUGCUGGCCCUCGUUGGGUCCGUGUGGGCCACCUGGGACACCUGCAGAGGCACCUGUGGCCUCCGGCCCAUGGCCUUCGACCGCAGCUCUUCAGAUCUCGACUACGACUCGGUGACUUCUGCCGCUGGCACGUCCCGUGUUGUGGCUGGCACGGGUGUCCAGCCAGGGGCCUGGCCCGGCAUCGUCAGCAUCCAGGCCACCUGGGAGAACGGCACGUGGCACAUGUGCUCGGGUGUCCUCCUCAGCUCCCAGUGGGUGCUCACGGUCGCACACUGCUUCGCCAGGGCCGGGGGCAUCUCCAUGUGGGAAGUGGUGAUCGGGGCCUCGGAUCUGAGCCAGCCGGGCCCCGAGGCCGCAGUGAGACACAUCCAGAGGCUCCUGGUGCACCAGCACUACGUGCCUGCCACGGCCAGGAACGACAUCGCCCUGGUGGAGCUGGACCGGCCCGUGGAGUGCAGCGACUACAUCCAGCUGGGCUGCGUGCCCGACGCCUCCAUCAGGGUCUCGGAGCUGAAAUCCUGCUACAUCGCCGGCUGGAACUUUGUCAGAGGUAUGGUUCUGCGGGAGUCCAAGGUCCACCUCAUCCAGACGGAGAUCUGCAACAGCAGCCGCUGGUACAGGGGGGCCGUUCAUGCUGACAACCUGUGUGCUGGGUACCCGCAGGGCGGCAUCGACACCUGCCAGGGGGACAGCGGGAAUCCCCUCGUCUGUAAGAGCAGUGGAGCUGACUACUUCUGGCUGGUGGGAUUGAACAGCUGGGGAAGAGGCUGUGACAGAGCCAGGCACCCUGCGAUCUACACCUCCACUCAGCACUUCUACAACUGGGUCCUCAUCCAGACGGGCCUGAGCCCGGCUGACAUAACGGGUUCGGCACCGCAGCCGAACUGCGCCGCGACUCCUAAGCCCGAGGUCAGCACGACUUCGGCACAGACCCCGACACCAGAGCCAGAACAACAGCCGGAGACAAAGCCAACACCAGUGCCAGGGCCAGUGCCAGAGCUGGUGCCAGGGCCAGAGAUGAUGCCAGAGAUGGUGCCAGUGCCAGAGAUGACGCCAGAGCCAACUCCAGAGCCGGAGCCGGUAACGAAACCAACGCCAGAGCCGACGUCAGUGCCACAGCCAAGCCCAGAGCCGGUGCCAGUGCCAGAACCAACGCCAGUGCCAGUGCCAGAGCCAACGACAGAACCGACGACAGAGCCAACACCAGAGCCAACACCAGUGCCAAUGCCGGAGCCGACGCUAGUGCCGACACCAGUGCCAGAGCCGGUGCCAGAGCCGGUGCCAGAGCCGGUGCCAGAGCCAGCACCCGAGCCAGCCAUCCCCCCGGGGCCCGAGCAGCCGGUGCCAACCCCGACACCGGCACCGGACCGGGUUCUGGUGAUCUCGGUGCCGUACCGGAGCCUGGUGCGGUUCUGUAACCUGCUCCGGGAUUUCCUACGGUUCCUGCGGGACCAGCUGGGCUGACCCGGCCGCAGCUCCGGCCGCAGAACGCGGCCCCGGCCCGUUCCGUCCCGGUCCAUCGGCCCGUUCCGUCCCGGUCCAUCGCCCCGCGGGGCCCGGCGGCCGCAGCCCCGGGGCCGCCCCGUCCCCGCCGCCCUCCCCGCCGCCCCCGAGCCGCGUUCCGUUCGCUGCUGCAAUAAAAACGCUGUUGGUGCUC